AUGGGCAAGCUCCACUUCCCACCCGCUGCCGACCUUACUGGGCCUGAUCGGCUAGUCUUGGGUCAUCUGCAAAGGGACUAUGAGCAGUAUGAUUCGAAGCUCAAGAACGCGCCAGUAGAUGCCGCAGAAGAGUCCGACGAUUCAGCUACCAAGCGCACCGAGUUUGUAUCACCUUCACCAGAGGACACCCAGGAUAGCGAGCAACAGACUGUGGCCUACCUCAAGAAUCUCAACAACCCCAAGUCUGAUGUUUUCGAAACCACAGUUUUUAGCUCUGUGGAUCUUCACGACAUCAAGAACCCGUUCCUGCGAAAAUGGAUCAUCGACCCAUACGUCCGUUGGGCGAAGGGAAUUGUCCGCGCUGAGACCGAUGUGAUCAUGAUCACGCAUCUCCUCACAUAUCUUUGCACCAGCAUCCCAUCGGCACUGUACCUGUUCUACAACUUCCAUUGGUGGCACGGUGUCCUACAUUCAGCCGUGCAACUCUAUUACAUGGGGCCGUACACACUUCUCAUGCACCAGCACAUCCACAUGAGAGGUGUUUUGAACAAGAAGUACGCUCUUGUCGACACCGUCUUCCCCUACCUGUUCGAUCCCUUGAUGGGACACACUUGGAACUCGUAUUUCUUUCACCACGUCAAGCACCACCAUAUCGAAGGCAACGGACCAAACGAUCUUUCCUCGACGGUCCGCUACCAGCGCGACAGCGUGCUGCACUUCCUCCACUAUGUAGGGCGCUUCUAUCUCUUAGUGUGGUUCGAUCUGCCACGCUACUUCCUCCGCAAUAACAAGACCAACCUCGCGCUCAAAGCUGGCGGCUGUGAAAUCGCGAACUACAUCUUCUUGUACACCAUGUACAGAUUUGUCAACUCCAAGGCCACUAUCUUUGUCUUCCUGGUUCCGCUCGCUCUUAUGCGCAUCGCGCUGAUGACCGGCAACUGGGGACAGCACGCUUUUGUCGACGAGGUCGAACCAGACUCCGACUUCAGGUCUAGCAUCACGCUUAUUGACGCACCGAGCAACCGCUACUGCUACAAUGACGGCUACCACACCUCUCAUCACCUGAACCCACUCCGUCACUGGCGCGAUCAUCCUGCCGCCUUUCUUGCACAGAAGAAGCAGUACUCGGAUGAGCACGCUCUCGUGUUUUACAAUAUCGACUACUUUAUGCUAACCGUCACAUUGCUGAGCAAGAACUACGAUCACUUGGCGCGCUGCUUAGUGCCAAUGGGUGACCAGAUGCAGCUGAGUCUUGAGGAAAAGGUCGAACUGCUGAAACGUAAGACUAGGAAGUUUAGCGAAGAAGAGAUUGCGGAGAAGUGGGGGAAGCAGUAUGCUAAGCUGAAGUGA